AUGACAAUACUUGCUACGACAACAGCUUCAUCCUCGGGGAAGCAGCUAAACGGCCAUGCCAGCGAGAUUAGGCCAAGGCCACCAUUUAACCCCCUCCCUACGCCCUCAGAGGGGAAUGGACAUCUAAAGGCGGCCCGAAUCGAGAGCGAUAACACGUCCUCCAUCUCCAGUGGCCGUAGCACACCCGUCCCCGAAGAUGCACCUCCAUCCGCCCACUCAAUUCAACAUGCCCGCCGCGAAAAACGGCGACGAAUGUUCCCGACGGUCGCCUACGAGUCGCGCGUAUCCCAUUUCGACCCACAGAGCCAAUAUCACGACUUUAGGGGCUUCUUUGCCCUGUUUUGGAUCGGUAUAUUCAUCAUGGUGUUAAAUACAGCGUUGCGGAAUUAUAGAGACACAGGCAAGGUCCUAAGGACAAGUAUAUUCAGCUUGUUUUAUGCGGCGCCGGCAGAGCUGGCGUUCGCUGAUUUGGCGAUGGCGUGUAGUACGGUUAUCUGCUUGCCAUUGCAGAAGAUGUUUGCCAGGAACUUUAUUCACUCUUAUUCGUUCUACUGCGGCCAUCUCUCGGAUUGCCACAAACAGCUCAAGUCCCUCGACUCCAACAAUACAACAGUUGAGUCGGAGGCCGAUGCCGAGCUCCGCGAAAAGCUGGCCUUCGAACUUACUUGCCCUGCAGGAAAGGUCACAUACCCGCAAAACCUAACUCUCCCCAACUUUCUGGACUACCUCCUCUGCCCAACGCUCUGCUACGAGAUGAGCUAUCCCCGAGUUGACCAUAUCCGCUGGGUAAAGGUAGCAGAGAAGGCCGCUGCUGUCUUUGGCUGCGUCUUUGUCCUUACCGUAACCUCUGAAGAAUUCAUCCUCCCUGUCAUGACUGAAGCGGCCCUCCGCCUCGAGAGCGUCCAGUCCUGGGCCGAGAUCGGGCUCGUCUUACUCGAGAGUAUUAGUCUCCUCCUGUUCCCGUACAUGAUCACCUUCCUCCUCGUUUUCCUCGUCAUCUUCGAGUAUGUACUUGGCGCCUUUGCGGAGAUCACAUGCUUCGCUGACCGCCACUUCUAUGCCGACUGGUGGAACUCGACGAACUGGCUUGAAUUCUCAAGGGAAUGGAAUAUUCCAGUGCACAGGUUCCUGCAACGCCAUGUGUAUGGUGCAUCACGAAGACAUAUGUCGAGAAGUGUGGCCACGCUGGUGACGUUCCUGAUCAGUGCGGCGGCACAUGAACUGGUGCUAUUCUGUAUUACGAAAAAGUUGAGGGGGUAUGGGUUUGUGUGCCAGAUGCUGCAAUUGCCGAUUAUCGCGGUCCAGAGGACGAAGUUCAUGCAGAGUUGGCAUACACUGAAUAAUAUCAUGUUUUGGUGUAGUAUGAUUUGGGGACUUGCUAUGAUCAGUGCGCUGUAUGUUCUUAUUUAA